AUACAGAGGGAGAGUGUGCACACAGCAGCUGUCGGCAUCCCUGUCUGAGGGACUUCUUUGCUGAUUCACAGAGGCAGCCUAGCCCGGGCCUCCCAGCUUCCAGCUAACGCCUGCUUCGCAGACCUGACGGAAUCAGAAGGUGCUUGAUGCUCUGCAGUUGGUCGACUGCCAAGCCUCCCCCUCCAUGAGCCUUGGUUCUGAUGCAACCUUUGGUCAUGCAGGGAUGCCCUUACACCCUCCCGCGAUGUCAUGAGUGGCAUGCUGCUGAUAGGUUUCAUCACAGUAGUAGCCUCCGAAACACCUGCCCCCAGCCUCAGGUUAGAGCUGCGGUCACCACCCCUGCACCUCCUUGGGAUGGUGCCAGGGAUCCCUGCCUAAGUCCAAAGCUCUUGAACGGGUCUGUUGGAGCCAUUGGGCCCCUGGAACCGUCAGCCAUGAAUCUGUGUUGGAAUGAAAUAAAAAAGAAGUCUCACAGCCUCCGCGCUCGCCUAGAGGCUUUCUCAGACCACAGUGGCAAACUCCAGCUCCCGCUCCAAGAGAUUAUUGACUGGCUCAGCCAAAAGGAUGAGGAGCUGUCAGCCCAGCUGCCUUUGCAAGGAGAUGUGGCCCUGGUACAGCAGGAGAAAGAGACACAUGCGGCCUUUAUGGAAGAAGUCAAGUCUAAGGGCCCCUAUAUCUACUCUGUGCUGGAGUCUGCCCAGGCUUUCCUGUCCCAGCACCCAUUUGAGGAGUUAGAGGAGCCUCAGUCUGAGAGCAAAGAUACCUCCCCUAGACAGCGAAUUCAGAAUCUUAGCCGCUUUGUGUGGAAGCAGGCAACGGUGGCCAGUGAACUGUGGGAAAAGCUGACAGCCCGCUGUGUGGAUCAGCAUCGCCACAUUGAGCAUACUCUGGAACAUCUAUUGGAGAUCCAAGGGGCAAUGGAGGAAUUGAGCAGUACUCUGACCCAAGCAGAGGGAGUUCGAGCCACUUGGGAGCCCAUUGGAGAUCUCUUCAUUGAUUCCCUCCCAGAGCAUAUUCAAGCCAUCAAGCUAUACAAAGAAGAAUUCUCCCCUGUGAAAGAUGGAGUGAAGUUAGUGAACGAUCUGGCCCACCAGCUUGCCAUUUCUGAUGUCCACUUGUCGAUGGAGAAUUCAAGGGCUCUGGAGCAGAUCAACAUGCGGUGGAAACAGCUCCAGGUGUCAGUUGGUGAGAGGCUGAAACAGCUCCAGGAUGCCCAUAGAGACUUUGGGCCUGGGUCACAGCACUUCCUCUCCACUUCUGUCCAGGUUCCCUGGGAAAGAGCAAUUUCUCCCAAUAAAGUUCCCUACUACAUCAACCACCAGGCUCAGACCACAUGCUGGGACCAUCCCAAGAUGACUGAGUUAUACCAAACUCUAGCUGAUCUGAACAACAUUAAGUUCUCAGCUUAUCGCACUGCCAUGAAGCUCCGCAGAGUCCAGAAGGCCCUGCGCCUGGACCUAGUAACCUUGACUACAGCUCUGGAGAUCUUCAAUGAGCAUGACCUGCAGGCCAGUGAACAUGUGAUGGAUGUGGUGGAGGUCAUUCACUGCUUGACUGCUUUGUAUGAACGACUGGAGGAGGAAAGAGGCAUCCUGGUCAAUGUGCCACUGUGUGUAGACAUGAGCCUCAACUGGCUCCUCAAUGUUUUUGAUAGUGGCCGCAGUGGAAAGAUGCGAGCAUUGUCCUUUAAGACUGGCAUCGCAUGCCUAUGUGGCACUGAAGUGAAAGAAAAACUUCAGUACCUCUUCAGCCAAGUGGCCAAUUCAGGCAGCCAGUGUGACCAACGCCAUCUCGGUACUCUGCUUCACGAAGCCAUUCAAGUGCCCCGUCAGCUGGGUGAAGUGGCAGCAUUUGGGGGCAGCAAUGUAGAGCCCAGUGUUCGUAGUUGCUUUCGGUUUAGCACUGGCAAGCCAGUCAUUGAAGCUUCCCAGUUCCUGGAGUGGGUCAACUUGGAGCCCCAGUCUAUGGUGUGGCUGGCUGUUCUGCAUCGAGUCACCAUUGCUGAGCAAGUAAAGCAUCAGACCAAGUGUUCUAUCUGUAGGCAGUGCCCCAUCAAAGGAUUCAGGUACCGGAGUCUGAAACAAUUUAACGUGGAUAUCUGCCAGACGUGCUUCUUGACAGGCAGAGCCAGCAAAGGCAACAAGCUGCACUAUCCCAUCAUGGAGUAUUACACCCCGACCACAUCCAGUGAGAAUAUGAGGGACUUUGCCACAACCUUAAAGAAUAAAUUCCGCUCGAAGCAGUAUUUCAGCAAACACCCUCAGCGAGGUUAUCUCCCUGUGCAGUCAGUGCUGGAGAGCGACUGCAGUGAGACACCGGCUUCUUCCCCGAUGUUGCCACAUGCUGACACACACUCUCGAAUCGAGCAUUUUGCAAGCAGGCUUGCUGAGAUGGAGAGCCAAAAUUGUUCCUUUUUUAAUGACAGCCUGUCCCCGGAUGACAGCAUAGAUGAGGACCAGUACCUGUUGCGGCACUCCAGCCCCAUCACAGACCGAGAGCCAGCCUUUGGGCAGCAGGCUCCAUGCAGCAUGGCCACAGAAAGCAAGGGGGAACUAGAGAAGAUCCUGGCCCAUUUAGAAGAUGAGAACCGGAUUCUCCAGGGAGAACUGAGGCGCCUGAAAUGGCAGCACGAGGAAGCAGCUGAGGCACCCACCCUGGCUGAGGGCUCCACUGAAGCAACUCCAGACCACCGCAAUGAAGAGCUUCUGGCUGAAGCCAGGAUCCUGAGGCAGCACAAGAGCCGUCUGGAGACACGCAUGCAGAUCCUUGAAGACCACAACAAGCAGUUAGAGUCUCAGCUGCAACGUCUGAGGGAGCUGCUCCUGCAGCCACCCACUGAAUCAGAUGGCAAUGGCUCUGCAGGCUCGUCCCUGGCGUCCUCUCCACGCCAGUCAGAAGGCAGUCAUCCCCGGGAGAAGGGGCAGACUACUCCAGACACUGAGGCUGCUGAUGAUGUGGGGUCAAAGAGUCAGGAUGUCAGCCUAUGCUUAGAAGACAUCAUGGAGAAGCUCCGCCAUGCCUUCCCCAGUGUGCGAAGCUCUGAUGUGACUGCAAACACCCUGCUGGCCUCUUGAUGGAGUCAGAUCCCCAUCCUGUAGUUCAUAGUCCUUUCCUGAUUCUUAUCAAUGCCUUCCCUUAAACAUUGCCCAACCUUUCCAGUACCCACUGACUCUAUAUUCCUCAAUCAGAGAUAUUUAUUUGGGCCUGCGGCAGCAGCAGACAUCUGAUGGUAUGUGAGAUGUGGUGGGGAAAGGGGAGGAGGAGAGGUGUACUUCCUCUGCCUUCUAGAAAUGUACCCAUUCAUACUUAAGAUUGAGCCUGUCUCUUAUGCGAUUCUACUGUUGCAGCCCAGGCAAAGGCACUUGUCAUCCAGAUAAGGAGCAGAAACUUACCUUGCAGAGCUAAGCAGUAUGUACUGGUCCCUUUCCCUUCUCCAUUGAAUCAUGAAGGAAAAAGCUUAAUGGCCCCAAGGUGUCUGCAUUAUUCCCC